AUGACGGACCCCGUGGUGUUGCAGUCCGCCGUCCGUGUGCCGACGCCUCCCCCAGGCGCCUCCUACUCGCCUCAGCCCACAGGAUCGCGAAAACGGUCCCCUCCAUCGCGAUCUCCUUCGCCCAAUCGUCGCCGGUCGCCUCCCGGGGACUCUCAUAAUAAUGAAGACGGCGGCGAUGUACCGCGAAUCGACCCCGACCGCGCCAUCGAGAGAGAACGGCAGCUGGCGGAGCGGCUGCGUCAACAUGAGCAGCAGGAGGCCGCGCGCAAACCCAUGACAGAGGAGGAGAAACAGGCGUCUGCCAAAGCGGAAUACGAGAAGCUCCUCAACAUGCGAUCGGGCGGCACGUACAUUCCCCCGGCUCGACUCCGCGCCCUGCAGUCGCAGAUCACCGACAAGACGAGCAAGGAGUACCAGCGGAUGGCGUGGGAGGCGUUGAAAAAGUCGAUCAACGGUCUUAUCAACAAGGUCAACGUGUCGAACAUCAAAUUCAUCGUUCCAGAAUUGUUUAGCGAGAACCUGGUCCGCGGUCGCGGUCUGUUCUGCCGGAGUAUCAUGAAGGCUCAGGCGGCGAGUUUGCCCUUCACUCCGAUCUACGCCGCUAUGGCGGCGAUUGUCAAUACAAAGUUACCCCAGGUGGGCGAGCUGCUGCUUCACCGGUUGGUCGUGCAGUUCCGCAAAGCGUUCAAACGGAAUGACAAGGCUGUCUGUAUCGCGUCGUCGACGUUUAUCGCUCACCUGUGCAACCAGCAGGUGGUGCACGAGAUGGUCGCCGCUCAGAUUCUCUUGCUCUUGCUUCAUAAGCCGACCGACGACAGUGUGGAGAUCGCCGUCGGCCUCACACGGGAGGUCGGGCAGCAUCUGGAAGCCAUGAGCGGCCCGAUCGCCCUGGCCGUGUUCGAUCAGUUCCGGAACAUCCUCCACGAGGCGGAUAUCGACAAGCGAGUGCAGUACAUGAUCGAGGUCCUGUUCCAGGUCCGCAAAGACCGCUUCAAGGACAACCCGGCGGUCAAGGAGGAGUUGGACUUGAUUGAGGAGGAGGACCAGAUCACCCAUCGGGUCGGUCUCGAUGACGAGCUCGAGACGCAGGACACCCUGAACAUCUUCAAAUACGACCCUCAAUGGGAGGAACACGAGGAGGCCUACAAAAGGCUGAAAGCGGAGAUCCUGGGCGAGGACAGCGACGAAGACGAGGAGGCCGAUUCGGAUGAGAGUUCCGACGAGGAGUCGGACGAGGAGCAACAGAUGGACAUCAAGGACCAGAGCAACACGGAUCUCGUCAACCUGCGACGGACGAUCUACCUAACCAUCAUGUCCAGUAUCGAUUUCGAAGAAUGCUGCCACAAGCUGAUGAAGAUCUCCCUGCCGGCCGGCCUGGAGCCGGAGCUACCGUCGAUGAUCAUCGAGUGUUGCUCGCAGGAACGGACAUACUCGAAGUUCUACGGUCUGAUCGGCGAGCGAUUCGCCAAGAUCAACCGUCUCUGGUCGGAUCUGUUCGAGGCUGCCUUUGCCAAAUACUACGACACGAUCCACCGCUACGAGACCAACCGGCUGCGCAAUAUCGCCUCCUUCUUCGGCCACAUGUUCAGCACGGACGCGAUCGGAUGGCACGUCAUGUCCGUCAUCCACAUGAACGAAGAGGAGACCACAUCCAGCAGCCGUAUCUUCGUCAAGAUCCUCUUCCAGAACCUGAUCGAGCACCUCGGCCUCCCGCAGCUCAAGCAGCGCCUGACGGCAGACGAAAUCCUGCGCCCCAGCUUCGAGGGCCUCUUCCCGCUCGACGACCCCCGCAAGACGCGCUUCUCCGUCAACUACUUCACCAGCAUCGGAUUGGGUGUUCUGACAGAGGACAUGCGCGAGCACCUGAAGAACCUCCCCAAGCCGACCGUCCCCGCACUACCAGCCGCCCGCGCCACCAGCGCAGACUCGCGCUCAAGCUCAGUCAGCUCGCACCCAGCCUCUUGCUCAACCUGCCCGUCAUCGCGCUCCAGAUCGUACUCGCGCUCACCAUCCCGAAGCCGCGGACGCCCCGCCCGCUCCGUCAGCCGAGGCCGCUCCUACAGCCGCUCCAUCUCAGCCUCCUCGCGCAGCUACAGCUACACACCGUCGCGGUCGCGCUCCCCACCGCCAAAAAGCAGCCGCCGCCGCCGCUCAGUCACCUACAGCCGCUCGCCGUCAGUGUCUAAGUCGCGCAGCCCCCCCCGACGCACGCGCGCGCGGUCCUACGACUCGCGGUCCCCCAGCCGCAGCCGCAGCCCGUACCGCGCGCGCCGCUCACCCUCCCGCUCCGUCAGUCCACCACCGCGCAAGGGCGGCAGAGCACGGAGCUACUCGCGAUCCAUCACCCCACCGCGCAGACGUCCGUCCCCACCUCGACGCGCAGGCCGUCGCGACUCACCUUCUCCGUCUCGUUCUCGGUCUUUGUCCCGGUCUCGCUCUCCACCACCACGAGUUAAGGAGGGGCCGCGAGCUAAGGACGGACCGAAACGCCGAAGAUACUCUGACUCGCUAUCACCGUCGCGAUCGCCGCCUCGGAGGCGGAGGUCUCCUAGUCGGAGUCGGAGUCGGAGUGUCUGUCGCGAUUAG